AUGUCGCUGCUAACAGUGUUUCUAUUCGUCCAAUCAGGAAUGAUAGGCUCAAAGGUAAGUGUUUAUAUAUCAACAUACUCACACGGUUAUCAAUUGCUGAAUUUCAUGCAAGGAAUGGGCAAACUUUUAAGUGACAUCCCUUAUUUGUUUCCUCAGGAGUUAAAAGCAAAUUUUGAAGUCUUUUAAAAUGUUAACAUAUUUUCAACGUCGAAUCUUAAUUCGUUGCUUACUCGAAAGAAAAUAACUCCAUGACACCUUCUCCAGGAGAGAACAGUGGUUUUCUAUAAUUAUCUACAUCGUGACAUGUUCCUAUAGAGUGUUAACUUAAUAAUCGCUGCACUUUGUGGAAGCCUGUUUUGAAAAUAACUUGGCUACUCUACUUCUAUCCCGGCAUAGCUGUAGCACGCUAUUUCCGACAAGCGGUUUUUUAAGUAAGAUCAAAAUACGAAGCCUCUACAGUUUUAAAUAUUUUAACUAUAGCAAAACUUGUAACUCUCUGAUUUAAUAUAAUGGUAUAAUAAGGCAGAGUUAAAAUAACUUGAGAGAGAGACUUGAGCUUCCUGUUGGCACGCCGCUGAGUGGUCACGCCUUGAGUGCAUGAAAACAUUGAAAAGCGUAAAGUUUGACAUUCAGACCCUCUCUCUUUCUCAGCUGGUAGACAAAAUACGGAAAAUAAAUAUAAUUAUUCACAACAGAACCGCGAGAAUAGAUUUUCCCUGUUAUCACUCAAUCGCUAUUUUAAGUUAAUAUAUGCCUUUUAGGAUUUUUAGUUGACUGAUUUGUCCCAGCGGAAACUAAUAUAUAUUAGCCCAGUUUGAACGCCCACUUAUAAACAAAUAUUGUUUUUUAAUUUGCAUGUAGCCUUUGCACCUUCAUAAAAAUAUAUAUAUCUUUUCAUGAUCAGUUUUUUGACACGUUUCUUUUCAGACGCAAAAAAUGGGGUUAGUAUCUUUAUGAUAUAAAGAUAUCGCUACGUCAUAAAACAGAAUACGCUUUCCCUUCAGAUAUAGUCUGUCAAAACCUCUGCCGUCUCUACCCCGGGGUGGAGCCAGCUAAAAUUAAAGACCAUUUAUUGCCCGGGAUCUGUUUGUAACUUUGUGUGCUUUUUCGUCGGAUAUAUAAUACAAACAAACCGCACGUUCAAGAAACCGCUGUUCCUUUCUCUUUCAACAAAUAUUAAAGGAAAUCAUCUUGUUGUCUGACUAAUUUAUAGGAAAUAUGAAAAAUAUUUGGUUCAUCGAUAUUGGUUAUAUGGCCUGAGGUAACCGUCUUUCUUGAGGCCGUUUUCGAGGAAGGAGCGCCGUUCCAACAAGUAAACAUGUGACACCCAUGCAAAAGCCAAAUUAUUACAGUUUUCCUAGUAUUUAUCGAUUUGAAAAACUAUCGGUAUAUUUGUGUUUUCCGCGAACAUAUAGUAACUCCGUCUGAAUGAUUUUAUUAACAAUUCAGUUUCGUUGGAUGAGCACACAUGUGAAGAAUUUGUAUGGCCUGAGGGUGUGGCUAAAUGGCUCUUGGCUAUAUUUUAUUAGUGAUAGGAACUUUCGCCACAAUAUCAUAAAGCUAUUUUAGAAAAAUAAUGAUAAUGAUUGUCUCGAGGUGAUACUUUGCUAUCUUUGAAGAUAACUAAGGUCACUGGAAUAAAAGAGAAAAGCGAUAAACGUUUCUAGCUAAUCACAUGUUUGUCACUGACGAUGAUGAAAUCGCUUUCAGCUUAUUCUAUCGCCACGCACGCUGCACUGGACCAUCUUUAGUUCCAAAUAAUGAUUGUGUACCGCACACAGUAACUAGAGUCGAGGCCAUGAUUGGAAAAGCUCAACUGCUUUAGGAGAUAUAGCUUUCUGAAAUGUGCUUAUGUUUCUAAAAAUAGUAACAAAAUGGCUGGAAAUUCAGAAAACAAACUUAAGCUUAAUAAUUAUUUAUGGCCAAUUGAGCUUUCCCCCAAAAAUAUUUUUCACAUGUUAUUUUGUCGCCUCGUGCGCAUUAAAAAUGAUUUAUUUGGUACACUAAGUUGAAAAGUAAAUUUUGCUUUCAAUCUUGUAGCGUCAUUUUCCCGGCCACGUUAAAUUCAAAAAACAAAAAAAGCGAUUGUUUAGAAUACAAAGUUCUACCAUCCUGCAAACUUUGAGCUCAAACGGAUUAAACCUGCAAGAGUAGUUCCCAGGGAGCCGUUUUAGGCGUCCUACAUGCCCACCGGCGCCGUAGGCGUUUUACUGUCCCUAUAUAUAUAUAUUUAGGCAGAACAAGCCUGUAUAGGAGACUAGGCCAACUGCUUCCUCAACGACGCGAUCAUUUGAAGAGACUGGAAUUUAUUUAACUAGGGGUCAGCACAGUAAUCUUCUCAGAUUUGCUAAGACCUUAGCUUGAAUUGUAGUCUAAAGCUUGCCUAGUCCCUGUUCGGCGUUUUCCCAGUCCCCCUCGGCUUUUCAUUUGUACCACGUGACCCGAAACCCUUUGGCCGCGCGGAAUCAUGAUUGGGACUGUGCAAGUCUUGAGCCAAUUAGUUCUGAGCCCGUAACUCCCGAAUAACAAUCCAAGGCCCUACAUGUUUCGAAAACCAGGUUGCAGUUGACUUCCCUUAUAGAAAACAGCUAACUACAAUUUCAGUAAGUAAAGGUAGCUUUGGACCAUAUUAUCGAGAUUUAUGACGGGCCGAGCAAAAAUAAUAAUACAAAAAAAAAAUCAGGAGAGAUUGAGUUCCUUUUAAAACUUCUUCUGGCAGGUAAAUUGGACUUAAGAUGCUAAUAAAAAAAACCUUACUGUUUUCAAUUUAACACUAUCUUCCAGUUGGCUGUAGCUUCAACUGGUGAAUGUCCUCCCCAGCAGUUUUGGAAUGGUACGUUAUGUACCCCAUGCUCCAUGUGUGGGCCGGGGUACGGAAUGAAGACUGAAUGUGCGGAAAAACAAGACACGGAGUGCGAAAAAUGUUGGCUAGGAUACGAUUAUUCCAACACCACAGGCAUGGAACCGUGUAAACGGUAAGUUAAGUUACUGUAACUUCACGCCCCUCUAGGCCCUUAACAUGUUCGCCCUAUUUGCUUCAGUUGAGUGCUUGUGCUUUUUUUAAAGAGGUUUAGUUAAGAAAUAACUUACAACUGCAGUGGAAAAGUGCAUUGACAUUUGGUUAACUUCACUCGUCUGUUUGGAAUUGAGGAAUAGUAAGAACAGAAACAACGCGGCGCGCUAAGAAGAUGGUUAUCAGUAAUAUCAGUAACCUUUUAAUGAAAUCUCUUUUAUAGUGACCACCUUAUCCCCUGGCCUUAGUUUCGUGAUCAGCUUAAGGUAUGGAAAAACGUGCAACUUGUUUUGCAACAUUGCUGCAAAACUAACGAGUUGAAUAGCGAUAUGCUGGCGUUUUACCACAAAUGUUCAAACCUGUUAACAACCUGAUUUCUUGCAAGACAGGUUUGGACGAGGUGGUAAAACGUGUAACAUCGCUAUUCAACUCGUUUUGCAGCAACGUUUGCAAAACAAGUUGCACGUUUUCUGUGGCCCGUUUUUACGUACCUUUCAUGAAACUUGAUAAUCUUCCUUUUUUCACAAAAGGUGUAUCAACGAGGAGUCUAAUUGCUUAGACGGGAACUUUAAGGUAAUAACAAACUGCACCAGAUUUUCUCCGACUGUGUGCAGUGGCUGUGAGGAUGAAAAUUACUUCGACUUGAGCGUAGGACUCCUAGGAGGAUGUGUUCCCUGUUCACCGCCAUGUGGUGUUUAUGAAGUGGAGACAAGGCAAUGCACCACUGAGCAUGAUCGGUUAUGUCAGACUAAGCAACAGACUACAAAUAAGCCGCAGGUUCCAAGUAAGUAAAACAGAAACCAUUAUACUAUGUUUGACAACUCUUUUCUUCUGGGGGAACUCAAGUGUAGACGAAGUUCUAGAUCUUUUUUUUUCCUCAGUCCUUCUUCUUUAAUUAAUUAUGUUUUAAUGUUGUCUUAUAAAUGUGUCCCUCUGUGAUAAUUUUUUCUUGAUUUUUUUCUUUCAUCGUUUGUUUAAUUUAUCUAAAAGUCAUAUGUCAAACAUGAGGCAUAUGGGUUUCAUCCAUACACUGAAAAGUAAUAAAUCAAACAAGAGAAGGAGUAUUUCAUCUGAAAUCCAAACACCGAGAAGUAAUAUAUCAAAUACGAGAAGGAGUGUUUCAUCCGAUAUCCAAACAUCAAGCAUUGAACGUUUUUGAUUCUUACUUUGAUCUAUUUUUAAAUGGCGUGACACUGAAAACCAGCAAUAAAGGCCACGUAACUAGGUUCACGUGACAAACCAAUGUUCUUUCUUAUUGUCAUUAGGUACGGCUUUUCCAACAAUUAUCCCUCCAGUAAAAGGCACUGCUCCUUAUGGGACAAUGGAACCCCCGGCGGAGCCCGAGGGUAGUCAGGAAGAUGCUUCUCAAGAAGUACCGAUCGGGAAACAAUCAUGGUUUUGGGUUGUUGUGGUCGGUGUGCCAGUAGCGUUGGUAACAAGUGUCGUUGCUGUACCACGAUUAGUGAAAUGGAACAAAAGAAGAAAACGAUUAAAUAACCAGAACAACGACAGUGUCGCUCAACAGAGCACUCCAUUGGUGCCGCGUAAGUGAAAUUUGGUAACAGAUUUAAGCAUAGCUCAGAAAGUCUAGAACCUGCAGAAGUAGAAAGAGUAAAUUUUUCUACUGUGUAAAAUGAAAAGGACAGCAACAAUCGGCUUUGUUUAUAACAAAUGUCUGCUUGCCCAUCGUUAACUCAAAAUGGUUUUGUGCAUGCUCGAAUCCAAAUCAUUCUGCAAACACCACACAAAAGAACAAACUUUUUGUGUUAACUUCCUUUUGUUUUUGUCCAGGUGGCUUAGACACCUUAAUCAGAGACCUGACCGUUGAAGACAGGGAGUUUAUUUCACAACGGCUCAACGUCGAAGACCCCGAAGGUAAACUAGACCAGUUGAUUAAUUCAUCUGCAUUUUUCAUCCUACCUACUAUACGCUUUCGUUCAAACUAGUAAUAGUUGACACUACAGCUGCCCCCGCUCUGUAUAUUGUCGGUCAAUAGCAUUCUUGCAGUUGUGUAGCUCUUUGAAAUAUACCGAUUCAUAAUGAAGGUUUUCACACAUAUUCCAUACAAUAGGUGAGAUAAAUACAGGUAACCGGCGCAAGGUUCCAUGCACCGUUUCAGUUUGAUUUACACAGCUUUGAUCAAAACAUUCUCCGUUUCGAGAAUAGUUUAUUCUAAACCACAAGAAAAUAUUAAUUAGAAGCUGAAUUUUUCGCUAUUUCUCUUUCACUUUUUACAUUCAGUUCAUUUUAUUUGCCGGAAAGUAAGCCUUAGAAAUUAAUAGGAAGUUUCACGCUCGCGCAUUCUAGUCUUAUUUUAAACUUUAUAGUUGAUGGACAUCUGUGAGCAGCGAAUAAGUCAGCACAGAAUUUGAUUGUCGGCGAAUUUCUGCAAUCGUCCAUCGUUCUGCUAGUGAUAAGCUAGCCGUUGUUCACUCGUCUUGCUUGUUUGGGGCCGAGUCUUAUUCCGGUCAAAGAGAGAGAAAGAGUGUCUGGCAAGGUUUCAAAUCAAAAAUUUGUGAACUCGUGUCUAGCAAACUCUCCAAGUGUUUAUAUAUACACAGUUAUACGCACCUUGUAACUUCAUCUGCGCUUAACGAGUGUCUUUUGGUCCAUAACUUUCAAAACUUAACAACUGCUCCACAGAAUGUCACUGAUAACACGUAACGCAAAAGGGUAUCGAAGUAUGACUGCACAUAAUGCAUGUCACAAAAUCUACCUAAGCGGUCCCUUGGGGAUUUUCUGUCUUUACGUCAUCCUAACCAUUUCGUACUAGCGGGCGCAAACAAUAGAAACGUCAUCAUUACCUACCGAUUUCUCCCCCCCCCCCCCCCCCGUACCGAACCAAACACUAUUUGUAACAUAUUUUUGAUAUAUUUUUAAAACUGUUUUAAUUGUAUUUGAGAACUUCAUUUAAAACAGGUACUAAAUUCUAUUUUUAAGGGUGUUUUAACCUGUUUUUAAAGGUGUUUUAACCUGCUUUAAAUGGUGUUUUAACCUCUUUUGAAUGGUAUUUUAACUUGCCUUUAAAUGUUGUCUAACCCUGUUUUCAAUGGUGUUUUAGUCUGUUUUUAAAGGUGUUUUAACCUGCUUUUAAUGGUGUUCUAACCAGCUUUUAAUGGUGUUUUAACCUGUUUUUAAAGGUGUUUUAACCUGUUUUGAAAGGUGUCUUAACCUGUUUUGAAUGGUGUUUUAACCUGCCUUUAAAUGUUGUCUAACCCUGUUCUCAAUUAUAUUUUAGCCUGUUUUUAAUGAUGUUUUAAUCUGUUUUUAAAGGUGCUUCAACCUGCUUUUAAUGGUGUUUUAACCUGUUUUUAAAGGUGUUUUAACCUGUUUUUAUGUUUUUGAAGGUGUUUUAACCUGUUUUGAAAGGUGUCUUAACCUGUUUUGAAUGGUGUUUUAACCUGCCUUUAAAUGUUGUCUAACCCUGUUUUCAAUGGUGCUUUAGCCUGUUUUUAAUGAUGUUUUAAUCUGUUUUUAAAGGUGUUUUAACCUGCCUUUAAGGGUGUUUGAACCUAGUUUUAAAGGUGUUUUAACCUGUUCUUAAUGGUGUUUUAACCUGUUUUUAAAGGUGUUUUAACCUGCUUUAAAUGUUUUAACCUGCCUUUAAAUGUUGUCUAACCCUGUUUUCAAUGGUGCUUUAGCCUGUUUUUAACGAUGUUUUAAUCUGUUUUUAAAGGUGUUUUAACCUGCUUUAAAUGUUUUAACCUGCCUUUAAAUGUUGUCUAAACCUGUUUUCAAUGGUGUUUUAACCUGUUUUUGAAGGUGUUUUAACCUGCUUUUAAUGGUCUUUUAACCUGUUUUUAAAGGUUUUUUGACCUGUUUUUAAAGGUGUUUUAACCUGUUUUUAAAGGUGUUUUAAUCUGCUUUUCAUGGUGUUUUAAUCUGUUUUUAAUUACAAGUAAAAUAAAAAUUUAAGCAUUUUCUUUGUAACAAAACUUGAAAAUAAAAGCAUGUUUUCAAAAACACCCUUAAAAGCCAGCUGAAAAACCCUUUAAAAAUGACAUCACUUAUAUCUGGAGUUGUCUAAACCGCGUACAUGUAAUUGUGUUGGGAAUUUUCUUUAAAACUCACCAUAUUCACAUAUGAUUGUUUUUGUUAAAAAUCAAAACUACUAGAAAAGUGUAUUAUAAAAUUGUCUAAUGAAAUCACCAACGUAUAAUAAAGAUUUCUGAGGGAAAAGAUAGUUUAUUUUGUUUCCUACUAUAAUACAACUAUUAGCCAAAUUCAUUUGUACAAAACAAAGGUCACAAGUUGUUGGUACAGUGAUAACUGCCUAAAACAAUAAAGGAUCCAGGGUGAUCAAGUCAGGAAAGUCAGUUUUACAGCCUGCCAUUCGAGUAAGCUGUAGUUGGCAUGUACUAUAACCCACAAGUCAUUUCAAAAAGCCCCAAAACCCUUUAGCAGGAUUAGCAGGAUUGAUUACAAUCCUUCUGUAAUUUGAAUUUUCCCAAAAAACAGCACUUUUGCCUGUCAGGCAAGUUAAGAACAAAAAUCACUAGCCCGAUGGCAAAAUCCACUAGCCCUGGCCUAUCGGACACUUUACACGCUGAGGAUCAUUCAAUGAAACAACGGCUACAGAUCUGGAAACAGAUGGGCCAAAUUAACAAAAACUAGAAUAGACUUCACUGGUAUAACUGAAAUAAAUAAGAAGGCCGGAAAGACAUAAUUAUAUUUGUUUGUUCUUCAUGAAGCUUGAUUUAAUAUUGCUUAGAGGUAAUUUCUUCUCUAAGGACAAGUUUCAUAAUAACAAGUACUGUACAUGUAAUUGGCAAAACUAAGCGAAAUAUAAUAACAUGCCUUCUACGGCUGUAGCUGCCUUAUCUAACCAUCAUUAAGUUGCACUGUUGCUGGGACAGGCAAUUUUCCUCCACCAUUAAUUCAGGAAUGAGGGUUAGGGUACAAAAUAUAUAAUCUACACUGUAUUGACAGCAUCUGAGUUCUUGUACAUCACAGUCUGUUUCGUUGUUAAUUUCCAUGACACUGUCCUACUUUCACAAGCAGUCUGCAUGACUGUUUGACAUAUAUUACUUUUAAUCAAACAGUGAAACUCUGUUAAUACAGACACUCAGGGGACCAUAAAAAAAGUAAAAAGCUACUGCUAGAGAAAUAAAACAGGACACUGGCAUCAUUAAAUUUAACAAUCUGUGAACAUUGACAUGCUGUUUCAAUUAAGUAACAGUAUUAUUUUUUUCAAUUUGAAAAAAGCACAUGGACACUGUAGGUCUUAUUACAGCAUUUACAGUUGAUAAGAAAGAAACUGUGUUAGUAAGAUUAAUCAAGAUUAGUUGUGACCGAAUCUGUUGACUGAAAAAAGGUUUUUGUAUUCCUUAAGUUAUUAUUACUAGCAUUGUCCGAAUAACUAUUAGUCAGUGGGUGUCUGCAUAAAAUUGUUUGAAUUUAGAGAAGAAAGUGAGGUCCGAUUCACUCUCAUACAGAUGUAGGUCCUAAGAAAACGUUUUUUUUUUUAGGACUUGAUAAAUUUCUGUUCUUUAGUGCAUAAGGAAUAUGAACAAGGCAAACAAAAUUGAUGCUAGAUACAGUGUAGCACAGGCUAUACUGAUACAAGAAACUGGCUGGGAUAUAUGAGUAGCUUAAAUAAACAACACUUCUUUGGGAUUGUCAGAAAAGGACAUUACUCAAAUCUAUUUUCAAAGAGUUAAGUACAAGAAUGGUGCAACAAAAUGCUUGGGUGGUAUUGCUUUUCAAUGGAAAAGUUGGAGACGUGAAUAUAUAUUCAGUGAUUUUGGUUACAAAUAGUUAUGGUGAGUCCUGGGACUCAUCUUGUGAAAAAUAUUGAGUCCCAGUCCAGAAACAUUGAGUCCCAGAUAAAAAAAUAUACAAGUCUGUAAUUGAAAAUGCUUGGGCCUUUGUGUAACCAGACAGUUAAUCUGACUUAUUAGCUUGACAGACUUCAAAACUCUGCAUUACUGCAGUGCAAAGAGCAAAUCAGAGCAAAUCUAUGCCUUUCUUUUCUACAAUUCAUUUCAACAUAAGAAGCCUUUAUGCUAACCAUGAUGGUUUGACAAUGCUGCCAUCAGAUCUACAGCAUUUAUUCGAUGUUAUUGGCCUUUCCGAAACAAAGAUAAAAAGUAACUGUGAUCUAACUAGCAACAUUGCUAUUGAAGGAUAAAUGAUUUUGUCUCUGGCCAAGCCAACUCUGAGUAAUGUUGGUGGUGUGGGGUUCUUCAUCAAAGGGGGGAUUCAAUUUCAUAUUCGAGAUGAUCUUUGUUCAACGACAAAAGAGUUUGUAUCUCUAUGGAUUGAGAUUAAUCGGACCUAAACUUUGGAGUGAACUCGAUGAAAGAUUCAAGUGUCGUACUUCCAAUCAAUUUAAAAAAGAACUAACUUUGCAUUUCAUUAGUCUCUAUUAAUCUCAGUUUACUGAUAUUUUGAUGGUUUAUAUUUAUUUAUUUUUUGUUUUGUUCUGUAUAAUUAUUUACUUAUUUACUUUUGUGCCGAGUUAUGAUAUUUAUGUGUACCAAUGUUUUUCUGACUUUUACAGUUUUAAUUAUCAUAAUUACGGUCACCCAACUAGUUUAGCUUUUUAUUAGUUAUUUUGGGUGUCCCAAUACUGUAUCUUCUGUUUAUUUAUUUAUUUAUAAUUAUUUUCUUGUAAAUUCCUCUAGUUGUCUACAGUAGUAGAAAAUAAACUGUUGUACACUGAAAUUAAAAUACAGUCCUUCCAAAGGCUAAAGGAAAUAUGCAUCCUUCAACAACAGCCAUAAUAUUUGCCACACAAUACACAAACCAUAUAUUUCUACAAAUACACAUGUUCAGAUUUUUUAUGGAUCUUUGCGUCCAUUGGAAUGCAUGCCAUGAAUAUUAUUAUUUUGCAUCUUUGGGGAUUUUUAUGCAUCAGGGAUGCAGGAUGCAGAUGUUAACAAAGUCACCGCAUAUUUUUUGUAUGGACAAGAGAUUAUUAGAAGAUUUUGUUUUAAAAUGUAAUCAAUGAAAAUACUGGAUGUCAUGAUUUAUAGCUUGUGGUUGUCGCUUCUCCAGAAGCUACACUGUAUAUAGCUGAUUAAGUUAAGGUUGGCUAUUACGCAUUUGGGCAUACCAAACAAUACAAUGAUUUUUCUGAGUGACCACCAAACAAUAGCUUACUAUUGCUCAAUUCCCAAAGCCCAAAGCAACCUUUAUUGAACCAGCUGUAUAUGUGUCAGUGUAUGUAUAAGGUCCUGAUUGUUUACAUGUAACAAACUAAAUGUCAAAAUAUCAUGUUCCUGAAACUUUUUAGGAAUUCCCAAGCAGAAAAAUAACCAUUUUAGGCUUAACUGAGUCAAUAUAAUAAGUUAAAUGUCUAUAAUACAUAAUUUCAUUAAUUAUUGAAUUUUACUUGCCAACUAUACCUGCAUUCAUUCUCGCAAGACCUAGCACAAUAAUAUUUGAUUCCACUAAAACCAUCAUGAAGCUUGCAAAGCCUGAGCCAGAGCAUUCACUAUUGGUUUUGUGGUUGGUAUUGCUCUGUGUGAGCGAAAGAGGACCGACACCGGCAAAGCUUAAUUAACGUGACACAUUUGGCGUUAGAGCAAGAAUGUAAUCUGAUCAAUUAACUGUAAAGGAAAAGAGUCAUUUUGAUGUGAAACUGCAAAAAUAUUGCGAUUACCUGAUGUAUAGUUAUUGCGCGUGAACAAGAAAAACAAAUGUCGCGAAAUAUUGGUUGUACACCUCGACUGAAUUCAAUUUGUAUCUGAACGAGAUGUAUCGCCACCGGUAAGGAAACACAUAUAAACAAAAGCCAAAAUGGCUCAUGGUAAUAAAUUAAUUGACAGCGCUCUUCGAAAGGCCAUAUAUCCAACUGUCCUUUUCAUAACGCGUAUGCCUAGACGUUCCAAUAACAGAUUAUUCUAAAAUAAGGAACAAUCGUACUCACAUUUAUUCGCAUCGCGAAGACUCAAACAACGUGUGUCCACCAGUUGAACUUAGAUCCGUUAAAAGUAAAAGUCAGUCGCUGACAAUUCGGAGACAUUUUGAUUCGUGAUUAAAACAAAAUCUGCGCGUCUGAACAGUCCACAGAGUUGACAAAUACUCUUUUUGGGCAGUAAAGAGCAACGCAAACGCAAGUUGCAAACAUCAACAGCCGUCCGCCAUAAUUUUAAAAUGUUCCUUUGCACGUGGCUUUACCACGUGACUCUAUUGCGCGGGAAGUCUGCGGGCGCGUGCUAAGUCGAGCAAAUUUUUUCAUCCAGUAAAAGCGAAGCUCCCGUAAAUAAAUUCAUAAUUUAAAUCAAACAAUAAACUUGUAAUCCACAGGUCAGGGCACCUUCAUUUGACUUUUGAGGCAAAGGCUAAGUGAUUUUAGAGAAAAAUAAUUUGACAGUCCAAGAGGGAAACAGCUUUUUCAUCGAGUUAUUAAAUAGUCUUAUUUGUACACCCAAAAAUAGCAAUCACGUUCGAUCACAGUAGAUUAGGCCUGGAAAACAAAUAGACCUACCUAUUCGUGUAUUGUAUUUGCAUUAGCUGUUGCAUCAUAAUGUGGCAUUCACCAGUCUCUCCAACAUUGCUCCGUUAGAGAGACUAUGGAUAAUUUGACAACCCCGAAAUAUAAUUUUAACGGAAACGCUUGCUACACGGGCUAAAUCUGUUUGAAAAUAAAUUUGGUUGACAUUUUUCCUUUGAAGUAUACUUUUUACCAUUGAGGACAGCCGGUUUUUUUCAAAACACCCUAUAAACAGCCUGUUUAAGUUAGGUUUGGAAACAGGUUUCCAUGUAAAUACCUUUUAAAUGCAUGAGGAUAAUUUGUGAAAAUACAGUAAAAACAGCUACAGUAGUUUUAAUCCUGUUUGGAGAAAUUUCAAGGUGUUAGUCAUUUCAAAUCACAAUUUAAAUUGAACUGCCUCUUAAACCUUCUUCAAACAUGUUUUAACAAUGCUAUUUAUGAGCUGUUUAAGGUCGUAGACGAGGAAGUAUAUUCAAAAUAGUCUUUAAACAUCCUAAUUAAAACCUGAUUUUGAACUUUACUUUUAAAAACUACUUUUUAGAUCUUUGAUUUUAGGUUCUUCUUUCCAAAAUGCAGUUUAAAUAUACGGUAUUUAAAAAAAUUUUAGCAACUUGCCAGUACUCUCUUUCCGAAAAUAUAGUUUAAAUACUGUAUUUAAAUGUAGUUUAGAUAGCAAAUAUUUUUCAAAUACAAGGAAACCUGGGAAAAUGUUGUGAAUAUUAUUCAAAUAGAUGUCAAAUACAAUUCAAACUUCUAACGCUAUUUUGGUUUUAGUCGUGAAAUAUAAUAAAAAAUACCUCAAAUUGUGGUAAAAAUAGUUUUUAAAUCGUUUAAAUAGCUUUAAACUACUUCACAGACAGUUUUUAAAUACAGUUGAUUUGGUGCGAGCCUGUUCAAGCAAAUCGAGAUUUUUUCUAUAUUGACUGUAUGACUGUAUAUUUCAACUGUAAGUACUUUCCUUAAUAUACGCGCGAGUUAAUUACUAGAGAGCCUCCUCGGGAUUUCGCCUUCUGGGCGAAAUCCCUGCGGGGACAACCACUCACUGAAUUAAAGAGACCUUUAUUUCCUACCUUGCACUUAAAUGGUAACAUCAGUUACCGAACAUUAUAGGGUACGUACUUCCCUCCCUACGCAAUGCGUAUGUUUUUCCUCAUGUAAUUUGAACCUGCGCCCCUUCGAGUGCCAAGAAGUGAUAGGCAAAAGAAUCUGGCAUAUUUCAUUUCGUAAGAAGCAACAGAAUUUACCUGAACGAUUACACCAAAAUAUCUCUUCCACCGAUGACUUUCAACGAUUGUCACACUCUAGAAGAAAAUCAAACAGUUCGUUUUUGUGUAACAUUAAAAAAAAAUAUUAUUUGACUAAUUUAAGAUCAGAUUCUUAGUCAAUUUUAACAUUUUUGGUUUUCGUACUUCAAUUUAGGAUAUCCCUACUGGUUAAAGGUUGGCGAGAAACUUGGAUUGAAAGACCGAUGUAGACAGUGGCGGGGAAGAGGAGUCCGCAAUCCAACCGACAAUCUGCUUACGGCAUUUGCUGAAAAGAGAGAAAGUACUAUCCGGAAGUUAAUCGAGGCUUCCGAGGAGGCAGGGCUGACACUCUUUGCCAGUGAAUUGGAAAAUAGGUUUUCCCCAAAAGAUAACCAAAGUGGAAGCGAGGAAAAUGUA